GUAUUGUGGUUUAUUUAAUGUUGUUAUAUAAUUAUCGCGUCAAUUCAGGUUUCAUGUCCUAGAUUAUUUUCAAAAAUAAUGGCUGUCAAGACUGAGCCUUUUCUUCUGGAACGAACUGUAUAUGUCGGCAUAGCUUUAAUUAUCCCAAGUUAUUCGAUUUAUAAGCUUUUUAUCUCUUCAAAAAGUCCAGUAAAUCUAAAUUUAUUACGACUGAAAAAUGUUAGUUUAACUCAAAAUUUGGUGCUAAUGCAAGAUGCAGCUGAAUUUCAGUGGACGUUGCUUCCGUUGUGGAUGAGUUUUGUACCUCAUCUUCUACUCUAUUCGAUCGUAUCAUCAUUCGUUUUUGCGUUGGUGAACAAAAAAGUACUACAUGCUUGUUUCUAUUCAAUCGGUGUAGAUAUUCAAAUGUUGUCGAAUAAUAUUAUCAAUUUGGCUAAUAAAUUAUUUGGUGGGUUAUAAAAUCCUAAUGGACGUCUUUUUGAACAUAUUAUGCUUUUCAUGCAUAAGUUAUUUGGUCUCUGGAAAUUGGCUCUUGAUAUGGGCGUUUGCAGUUUUAGUGUUUCAAGCAUCUGAAUCCUUUGAAUCAUCGUUUAACUUUGGAUUGAUAUCAUACGACUGGUAUAUGAUCUUGUAUGCGGCGCAUUUUUAUAUAGUUCUACGCAGUUUAAGUGUGGCGUUAUCGUUCCAUAAAUGUUCGAACAAUUUUAAGUCAUCUUUUGUCAAAAAGACAGAAAAAGAGGAAUCAAUCAUUAACUGUGCCCCUAAAUCCUCACUAGAAAGUUUAUUGGAUGCAUUAGACUAUUCUUUAUACCCUCAUUCAUUGCUGUUAGGUCCAUUCGUCUUGUAUUCAAAUUGGGUUAAUUUCUGGGAAAAUCUUGAUAGUUUACAUUCCAAUCAUCUGUCACCCAGUUUUAGAACAUUACUCGACACACUGAUAUCACUUGUUUCCAAAGCUAUCCGGUUGAUAUUCUGGAGCUCAUUUUGGUCAUUAUGCCUUUGUAUAGUUUAUCCGAAUUCAUUCGGUUAUUUGAUUUCUUAUGCACAAAUUAGUGAAUUAUCUAUACAAAAUAAAUCAAAUCAGUACUAUCUUAUUAUUGAUCGUGGUACAGUGGGUGCGAGUAUUUAUUUACGUAGUUUACAUUUAUUCAUUAUAUAUUUACAAUUUUAUGGAUGGCCAUACGUACUUUCAAAUUUCGAAUGCCUACUCAUAAAUUUGUUACAGAAAUUAUUGAAUAUUCUUCAAUCAUGUGGGCGAAACACCAAAGCUACUACUACUGUCACUGAUCAAACAAGAAAAUCUCAUAGUGACCCAAGCCUAAUUCAGGUUUCGUUUAUGCCUGAACCACCAGCAUGUCUCUUACAUUUCCUUCUGAUUUCUGAAUGUUGGCGGUCAUUCGAUCGCGGAUUGUACAAUUUCAUUAAAUCUUAUAUUUUUAUACCUGUUAUGAAGUUCAAUUUACCGUCAAAUUAUAAACAUUCAUUACUAUUAAUUCCCUUUCCUAUCAUUAAAAAUUGGUUAGCGCUUACUUUAUCCUAUUCAUUUGUUCUUUUAUAUCAUGGAAUUGAUAAAACAAAUGCAAUUUGGUUAUCGACAAAUUUACUGCUUUUAUUUUCUGAACGUUCCGUGAAAUGGAUUUAUCGAUGUACUAAUCUUGGAUCAGAAAUUCGUCAUCAGUUGUCUGAUAGAUGGAUUCGACGUCUUUCACUGUUACUUUGUGCAACCAGUGGAAUUUUUUCAGUUUUGGGAAAUUCGCACUUCCUCUUCGGUUCGAAAGUUGCAAAUCAACUAGCUGUGUGGUUGAUAUAUGAUCCAACUCUACGUUUCACAGUAUUUGUGUAUUUCUAUUGCCAAAUGAAUUUUGUCACCGAUUUAAGAAGUCUAUUCCCAUCGAUCAGACCACAUUUUGAGAAAAAGAUUCAAUGAUAUACGAAAAUAAUAAUGGCUAUAAAUGGAUUACUUCAGACCAUUGAAAUAAUCAUUAUUUUAAAUAAUCGAAAUUCUGAAUACUGAAAAAAUCACCUAACAUUACCAGGAGUAGCAUACUUGACAAAGGUCUCUUCUAUGUCUAUUAUCAGGAUUCGAACUAUCAUAUCGAUCUGUAGUUUGGACAGAUUUACCAUUCAUAUUGGAUUCAUGUGGACAAACAGAAUCAGGAGGUGGAAAUCCAAGACAUAAAUUAAUAUCAUCACCACGAAACAUUAUACCCUGGGGAUAGUGUUCCAGUCCGAAACAAUGACCUAAUUCAUGCCAAACAGCACCCAAUCCUGUAGCAAAAGCCGCCCAGUAAGUGUGUCUGACAAAGGAACCAGUGAAAAACAUCAUGUAAAUUACGGAUUGAGAAUCAUGAACAAAGUAAAAUUAAUUUCGAUUUAUCAAAUGAACAGUUAUAGUAGCAACUGCUAUGAACUCCCUUUAAAUAAGGUCCAGAAAUGGCUACAAGAGGUUACCCUCAAACAAUGGUGCGAAACAAGCUUUUUCAUAGGUAAUGCUUCGGUUUGGGCACCCGGGCAGUAUCACAGCCCUCACACAUAUCGAAUGAGAUUUGUGUGGCGCAUAUGUAUUUGGUGCCUCCUUGUACCAAUGUCUAUGUGUUAAAAUAAAUAUAAUAAAUAAUAUGACAAAUACUGUUC